AUGGAAGCGACCCGCCAGGUCAAGGCACCCAAAAACGCUUCGACGCUCUCCACCGGCGACUUUUGGAGUCCAGCCCAGUCGAACACACUUGUUCCUAACAUCGUGGGGGAUUGUGCAUCUCAAUUUCGCGUUGCUUCUACUUAUUUUCGUCCUGCGUCUGUUGUCACGAGUGUUUCUGCAGCUUUGCGUACGGGAAGUUUGUCUGGCUUGUCUGGCUCGAGACUGGUGCCGUGGCGGCAUACGAGGGAUAGUACGGUUGGAAUCAAUGGCGCUUGUAUCGGUUGCCCUCAUUAG